UUGCACUUGGCAGCAGCCAGGCUCACUCCUGCUUCCGUGACAGACACCGGCGGGGGCUGAGGGGCGGCUUGUCCCGGGAUCCGUACGUGGGGAUCUCAAGUUCUUCUUUUGGGCUCCGCUCGGGACCCGGCGACAGUCACAUAUCGGGACACUGUGUGGCCCUGGCGUUGCCAGCCCCUGGCGCGAUGGCUCCAGUGAGGAGUGGGGAGGGAGGCGGUAGAGGAUUCGGCGCGCCCCUUGCGCUAGGGGCCUUAUGAGCCGGGCAAAGGGCAGCAGCGACAGCAGCUUCUGCCGGCGCCUUCCACGGGCUCUCGCCCACUCGCCCCCGCGCAUUAUGCCGACCCCCGGCCUUCAGAGCUCGCAGCACAGCCUCUGCCGCCUCCCCGGCUCCUGCUAACCCACGCGGGAGUGGCCUCGGCUGCCGGGGCAGCCGCCCGGGCCGCGCCCCGGGGGAGGCGGAACCGCAGUGAGCCCAGAGCCCCAGCUCAGCCCUUCGCUCUCCAGCUGCCUGCCCCUCUCCGCCGCCCAGGGCGCCAGCGGCGAUGGGGGCGCUGCUGGCUCUCUGCCUUCUCUUGUGCUGGUUGCGCUGGGGCCCAGCGGGAGCCCAGCAGUCCGGAGAGUAUUGCCACGGUUGGGUGGACGUGCAGGGCAACUACCACGAGGGUUUCCAGUGUCCGGAGGACUUCGACACGCUGGACGCCACUAUCUGCUGCGGCUCUUGCGCCCUGCGCUACUGCUGCGCCGCGGCCGACGCCAGGCUGGAGCAGGGCGGCUGCACCAACGACCGCGGCGAGCUGGAGCACCCGGGAAUCACCGCGCAACCUGUCUACGUUCCCUUCCUGAUUGUCGGCUCCAUCUUCAUCGCCUUCAUCAUCUUGGGCUCUUUAGUGGCUAUUUAUUGCUGUACCUGCUUGAGACCUAAGGAGCCCUCACAGCAGCCAAUCCGCUUCUCGCUCCGCAGCUAUCAGACAGAGACCCUGCCCAUGAUCUUGACCUCCACGAACCUCAGAGCACCUUCCAGGCAGUCCAGCACGGCCACCAGCUCCAGCUCCACAGGGAGCUCCAUCCGUAGGUUCUCCUUUGCCAGGGCAGAGCCAGGCUGCCUGGUGCCCUCACCACCCCCGCCUUACACCACAGGCCACCCAAUCCACCUGACCCAGCCAUCCGGUUUCCUGGUGUCCCCCCAAUACUUUGCUUACCCGCUCCAGCAGGAGCCUCCGCUGCCUGGGAAGACCUGUCCAGACUUCAGUUCCAGUUGACAGGCCACAGCCAUAAAUCCACGAUGUAGAAUAAUGGCAGACAGGUGGAGCGCUGCUGCCAUUGCCACAAAGAUUUCUGAGGAAAUUUCCCUUGAACCGAGCAAAGUCAUUGAGGAAAGGACUAGGAAAAUAUGUCUUCUAGUCGUAUGGUUCCUGGCUUUCAUCACAGAAUGGUUGUGUUAGAUAACUGCUUUCUGGCGUUGAAAACACGGUGAUCGUUACAUUUAAAUUUAUGCUUUUAUUCAAAAUAUACAGCAGUCCAACUUUAAAGUUGCAAACUGGCUGAAGAUGUUUUAUUGGACGACUUGGCUGUACUGUUUAGAAAAGGUUUACAUGUUAUUUUUUCAGUAUAAGUUGUUCAGUGAGUUAUAAUGCAAAUAUAUAUAUAUAUAU